AUGGAAUUGACUGCAAGUGUAUCCGUGGAAAUUGUUUGCAUUCUAGCAGUAACAACAGUCGGACCUAAGAAGGAAUCGGAAACUGGGGCAAAAGCCACUGAGGCCGCAACAAUUCCAGUUGCAGUACCAACAGCCGGACCUAAAAAGGAUACAGAAGGUGGAGCAAAAGCCACUGAGGCCUCAACGUUUCCCGUUGCAAUACCAACUGCUGGACCCAAGAAAGCUAAACAAGGUGUAGCGAAAGUCCCUGAGGACUCAAACAUUUCCGCUGUACCACAAGCCACAACCAUGAAUGGUGUUGACAGGGAGAAAAACACUAAUGAAAGCAGCGAAGGAAAUGGUGGUAAGCGAGAGGUAACUGUUUUGUAG